AAACAGGAAACACCUUAAGCUAUUGAUUUUCAAAGGCUGUUCUGUGCAAGACACAAACUGCCCGCGUUCAAAGUAAACAUCAGCACUACAUUCUCAGCGGUUCGUCAAACAUCGAUAAAAUGGCAGCGGCAAAUUAUUCUUUGAAUGUCAAACGACAGCUACUGGACCCCAAUUUUGAAAGUUACAGGCUGUCUUUGGACCCCUUGCCAACUUACACGGUUGAACUAGAUGCUGCUGUGGCAGAGGUUAAACUUAAGGACAGCCAGUAUACCCUGGACCACGUGCGGGCGUUUGGCAUGUACAACUACCUGCACAUUGACCCCUGGUACGAAGACAGUGUCUACUUUGUGGACUGCAAGGGCCGGGUGCUGAAUCUCACUGUCACGCUGGACACAGCCCUAGGGAAACCCAAGGAGGUCUUCCGUUUGCCCAUGGACCGCAGCUCCUGUGAGAACCAUCUGUGCGCUUCCCUCAGCUUCGCCUCGGCCACCUGGGCUGCUCUUGCGGACGGCACCGGGAAGCUGUACCUCCUCAGGACCAGCAAGAGGGGUGACAGCGCCCACACCAGGUGGGAGCCGCUCUUCACCAAGGACCUAGGCGAGCCCUUCAUCCUCAUCCACAGCCUGUCCCACGUGCGUGCAGGCUUCCUCUCCGUGGAACUGCUGUUGCUGCGCAUCCAGCAGGACCAGUUGGAGUCCAGGGGGAGCGGCUUCUCUGUGUUCCUUGAGUGGCUCACAGUGACCAGCAGCAGUGAGCAGGGUCCAGAGAGGAAGUAUGAGGUGACAAAAAGCCGGGUGUUGCGAGGUGGCUCGGUUCCCCACUACGCUGCUGUGGAGCCUCAGGGCCGUGGACUUAUGGUAGCUUCGGAAAAGCCCUUCCAGUUCACACACGUGGACGGUGAGCCACUGCAGGACCCGGGGCCAGAGGCCAUGGAGGUGGAGGAAAAAGCAGAUCCCAUCUAUUUUUGGCAGCAGACAGCAGAAGACAUCACAGUGUCCAUACGUCUGCCUGAAGGGACAACCAAAGACGGGGUCAUGUUCCAGCUGUCUGCCGACCACAUAAUGGUCGGGGUGCAAAACUACAGCCCCCUCAUAGAGGGGCAGCUGCACUCACUGGUGGACCCGGAGGCCAGCACAUGGAUCCUCAAGGACAAUAAGAGCCUAGAAAUUUCUUUGCAGAAAAGGAACAAGGGGGCCAUGUGGCCGGAACUGGUCCCUGGUGACCGGAGGGGGGAGAUGCUGGUGAGCGAGGAGCAGGCCGCUCUUCUCCACGAGAGACUGAACCACCUGACAGCAGAGGACCUGAAUCCCAAUCCAGAGAAGGAAAAACCACCCUGCAAUUCCCAAGAGCUGGAAGAAUGCGAUAUAUUCCCCGAGGACAGCUCCAGCCUGACGCGGUUUGAUGGGACCACGCUGAAGCCCACCCAUGUGGUGAACCUUGGCAGCCACCAGUACCUCUUCACGGUGGCCAUCGACCCCUCGGAGAUGCCCUGCUUCUGCCUGCGCCAUGACGUGGACGCCCUGCUGUGGCAACCACACCCCGAGCAGCCCGACCACAUGUGGGAGCACAUUGCCACCUUCAAUGCUCUCGGCUACGUUCAGGCCUCGAAGCGUGACAAAAAGUUCUCCACCUGUGCACCAAACUUCUCCUAUGCAGCCCUGGGCGAGUGUCUGCGCCGGGUGUUCAUAUACAGGCAGCCGUUGCCCAUGGACACCGUGCUUUUCAAUCGCAAGCAGGGCAAGCAGGUGGGACAGGUUGCCAAGCAACAAGUCGCCAGCCUGGAUUCAAACGACAGCGUUCUUGGCUUCCGAGCCACCAACGAAAGGCUCUUCGUUUUAACCUCGAACCACCUGUUUGUGCUGAAGGUUAAUAAUUAGUUUCAAAUACGGCUCAUAAAUUGACAGCAUGUGAUGUACGAAUACCUCUUCUCCCAUUGAACUGUGCAGAUAAAGGCCUUUUUCACAGGUGCAGUUGUGUUUCCUUUAUUGUGCAGACUGUUCGUGGUAAGUGUAAAAGAAUCGUUCUCCGUUGGCUGGAAUUUUUCAUCUAUAAGACACAUACUUUUCCUGAUUUCUUCCAAAACGUGCUUGUUUCCGAUGCGUCUGUUAUCAACAUAGCAGCCAAACCCAUUGUACUAUAAUUUUGCUCUCAGGAAAUACAAAUUUAGAAUGUAUUUAAGGAUGAAUGGAAUGUAGUGCACAUGCUCAGUCAUCACCUAACUGUAGGCUUCAUCCGUCUAACGUGUGGCUGUUCCUUUCGCCACAAAAUGUGAUUUUUUUUUUUUAUUUUUUAUUUUUAAUAUGAACAAAAUUCCAAAGGUUUGUUACAUUCUGCUAUUUAUCAUGAUGAGAUAUACAUUGAAGAGCUACAUAAUGGGCUUGAGUACGUUAUGUUGUUUAACAUUAACAAUGAGGCAUUUAACUUACUGGUCUUAUAACUGAAAUUUACCCUGGGAAAAAUGCAUUUUUACAGUGUUAUUUUAACAGAUGUUAAUAAUGUAUCAGUUACAUAAAAGUCAUGUAAACUUUUGUCUUAGCAUCCUUCGGGGUACAAGAUUAAGGAUCAGUGUGUACGUUUUAUCUAAUUAUGUGGUGACCAAAUUAAUGAGUGGAGAAAAAAGAAGCGAUAAGUCUUGCCUGAUGUGUUUUCUCUUGAACACUGAGCUGCAGCAGCACAGUGGGGAGUGAGUAUUGAUCUAAAAGCUUUUUUUUCCCUUUUUUUUUUUUUCCCCUCUUGUUUGCAUUUGGUUUGCUUCAUGGAUGUUCCCUUAUUUGCUGUGCUUUGUUCAAUUCCUGGAUCAGAAUAUUAUAGUUUUUUUUUUCUGUUUUUCUGUACUUUCUCAGUUGGAUGGGAAUAGAGGAAGAAUAAUGAAGAGAGCGGAAAUGCAUUAAUAACAACCGUUAAUGGCCUCAGAUUCAUUUUCCGUCUCCCCGGGCCCUCAGAGAAAGGGAGCCAGCCCCACAUCCUGGUAGUGCUGUGUUCUCUGUGGCAUUUCACACUCUCAGGCAGUACAAAGGAAGAUGUAUUACACAGCCCACACAUACACAGACUCCAUACAGGCUACGAGUAUUCACUGCAUUCACUAAAAUUAUUUGAGAGUUCUGUGACAUUCAUGUGUUUGAGGGUUUAGUCCUGAUUGUAGUCACCUGAAUGCUUGCAAAAAAUAAAGAAGCCGAAAGAA